AGACUCCUCUACAAUAGGAAAGGCCUCUCAGACGUAGAGUUCCAUGACAGCAUGCCCCUCCAGGACUCAUCAUGUGCUCUGGUGGAGAGGAAAUACCUGAGCCAACAGUCAUACCUGGAAGGUGACAUCCUUCCAGACCCUGCGAAAACCUGGGCUGAAUCCCGACUCACAAAAGCACAUGGAAAGUGAAAGAGGUGAUUUACACCUGCAACACUCCAGGCAUAAUGUUGAAAAGUAAAACAUUCAGAAAUAUUGUUUCCAUGGUUAAGUGAGAGAAAACUUGUUCAAAAGGGAAUAUAACAUUGUGGAUACAAUUCGGAAUGACACAAUUUCAUGUGUACAACAUCUAAAGACCUGCAUCAAGAAAAAAAGAAAACUUAUCCUUUAAGAGGGAGAGGGAGCUUUGUGUGGCACACAAACACACACACACACACACACACACACACACACAGACACACACGUAAGGGACCUGGGUUAAGAGGUGAGGACUGUUAGGUGGUCUGGGAUGGUGGUUUGGGCUGAUGAGUGGUCGGUGGCGACCAGAUCAGGACGGGGGCGGAGCCUCCCUCCAGGAUGAGCCACCACGUGGACCAGUCUAUCCGGGGGUUGUGGGCGACCAGCCAGGGGUGCCCGAGGAUAAGGGGACACUCCGGAGAGUCAACAAUGAAAAACUGGAUAUACUCCCAUAGCCCCCCCGCCACCCGGACACGCACGGGGACAGUGCGCCGGGUGAUGCAGCCCGACCCCAAUGGCCGGCCGUCCAGGCCCAUGACCGGAACCGGCUCGGAGAGAGAGAGUAACGGAACGUUCCACCCUUGGGCAAGCCCUGCGUCCAUCAGGUUUCCCGCGGCCCCAGAAUCCACCAGUGCAUGCGCCCGACACGGAGCGCGGGCCCACUAAACCCUGACGGGGAGAAAACUCUGGGAGUCUCUGGAGUUGGGGUUUCAGUUCCGGCUCACUAGCACCCCUCCCGAUACCAGCGAGCCCUCCCGUUUUCCUGGCUUCUCCGGGCAUGAGUCGCAGUGGUUACCUGCGUGGCCGCAGUACCGGCAACGUCCAUGGGGCAGACGCCUCUACCUCUCCAUCCGGGACAAGCGAGCCUCAGCAUCUCCUCCUGAGGCAUCUCCUUCCUGAAUCGUCAGAAAGCCUCCAGGCUGAUACCAGUCGAGAGGUGUCUAACACCUUGCGUAACUCCUGGGUGAAUUGGUAGGAGUCGGAGCAUGCCGGAGUUUGGCUCUCCCACUCCGCGGUAGCCCAGGAAAGAGCCCGACCCGUCAACAGAGUGAUAAUGUAGGCCACCCGACCCUGCUUCGUCAGGAAGGAGGAGGGUUGUAAGCUGAACAUCAGGGAACACUGGGUUAGGAAUUCCCUGCAGCCCUCUGGACGUACGUCGUACCUCUCCGGAGGUGGUAGGCGGGGUUCUCGCAAUGUCGCAGGCGAGACUGGAGACGCCGCUGCCGCGGCUUCCACUCUGCCGGCUGCCGGGGCUGGUCGGGUGUCCACCUGGCUCUGCACGGCGAUCAUCAGCCGGCGGAGACCCUUGAUGAUCUGCUGCAGGCCGCGGUCGUGCUGAUCCAGCAUGGCUCCCUGCACUGCCAAUGCGCUAUGAUAUUGUGCUGCCUCCGCUAGGUCCAUAUUGGCUCAGUUUUCUGUAAGGGUUGGUGUGAGGUGUGACCCAGUAGGCAAGGAUGGUGAAACAAGGAUCUUUACUGGUUGUCCAAAAGCCAGGAUACAAAACAAUGGACUAUACACGAAAACAAAUGAGGAGCACAUAGGUCUCCAAAAAACAGGCUGACAGCAAACAAUACGAAAUACUAACUCUGACUGGAAAAACACAAUGACACAGGGAGAACACUUCUCGAGUACCUGUAACUCCGUCACGUGAUCCAACACUGAUACGUACUGCUUGACAUUAAGGAACUAGCAGAGAAAACUGAGCAAGGGAACACAGGGGAGUGAGGGCAUAAAUACACAGGUUAAUCUGAUAGACACAGGUGACACCAAUAGGAAGAUGAUUAGUCCCGACUGUGAGUGAGGAGGUGCCUAAGGUUGUUGGAGGAUGACACCUAGUGGGUCGCUCCGGAACUGCGACCCACUCCUGUAACACACAAACACACACACACACAACCUCUACUGUACUAUAUUUCACUCUUGCACUCUAUUGCACAAUAGCUCUGGAUUACAGGAGGAGCAACUGAUUUAAGUCAAUACAAGAUGAAAGGUUAUUUGUUGAUGUGUUGCAUUGUAAUAUAGAUCAAUAGGGGUUUAUUGAACUGCUUGCUUGUGUAGUGCUCAAUGUGAGGUCUGCCAUCCCGAUCAUCGGAAUUUUGGGACGUCCGUCACCAACACCAUCGUUGCUCUGAUGCAGGCUGGGGAGAGGGAUGAGUUUGAAGGGUAAGAAACGGCCAGUGGUCUAAAGUACUUAAGUAAAAAUACAUUUUUGGAGGUAUCUGUACUUUACUUCACUAUUUAUAUUUUUAAAACUUUUACUCCACUACAUUCCUAAAGAAAUAAUGUACUUUUUACUCCAUACAUUUUCCCUGACACCCAAAAGGACUCGUUACAUUUCGAAUGCUUAGCAGGACAGGAAAAUGCUAAAAUUCACGCACUUCUCAAGAGAACAACUCUGGUCAUCCCUACUGCCUCUGAUAUGGUGGACUCAAUAAACACAAAUGCUUUGUUUGUAAAUAAAUAAAUUACAAAAAUUGUGCCGUUUGGUUUGCUUAAUAUAAGGAAUGUGUAAUGAUUUAUAAUUUUAUUUUUGAUACUUCAGUAUAUUUAAACCAAAAACGUUUAGACUUUUACUCAAGUUGAAUUUUGCUGGGUGACUUUCAUUUUCUAUUAAGGUCAGUGGCGACCCGUCAUUCAGGGCAGGUGGGACCCCACCUGUUUAGCUAAAAAAAAAAGUUUAUUUUGGAAUGAAUACGUGUCAGAUAUCAGUUUGCAAACAAUGUAAAAAACAAUCAUUGAGUUAAUAAAGCCGCAUACAAACAUGGUCUCUUUUUUUCUUUCUUGAGUAAGGCAGUACCAAAAUGCAGGUGUUUCAGGCUAGCUCAGUGCUACCUGUGGUGGUGGGGGAGCCAGCAGAAAAUACAGAGCGAAGGGGUUGGUAAUGUUCUCUAGUUGCGUCGUGAUUGGCUCAGCGUUCUGCCACUCAUGGGGACACAUCAUAUCAACAUCAUACUUUCAAAAUCUUAGCUAGCAAGCUAGAUAAGCAGUCAUCAUCAUGAUUCAAGUCUGUCAAAUCCUUUUCAAUCCUUGUCAUAUGAAGAGCAAUUAUAAAUAAAACGUAUCGAUGCUCAUCGGACAUUAAACAUAAAUAUUACACAACAAGUUUGAAAUCGCAAAUUCAACAAUGAGUGGUUUGGAAGGAAUCAGUGGCUAACUGCUAGCGUUGCAAAGCAAUCACUAGCCUGCUAUUCAGUGGAGAGGGUGUGUGGUCCAAGUUUGGGUUUAAGGGUCUCUUUUCCAUGCUUAAAAGGAUAAACAUUCACAUGCAACACCAUGGGCCAGAAAAGGUUGAAUACAUUGGCCAUGCUGUCAAUCCAGCAUGACUUCUGCCACGUUCAAAACAACUGGGAACUCGGAAUUGGGAAAUCUCAGACUUCAGUGAGUUCAAGACAACUUGAAAGCACCGUUAAUCCAGAGAAUGGCAGACUUUGAUUACAAAGUUUGAUGCCAAAAUUUGCCCAUGAAGGACCACCGCACAACCUUCCUGUUCUAGUCAGCACAGAACAACAAGAUGAGUCCAAAAAUGUAUUUGUUGCUGCUGCAUAAAUUAUGUCAUAUGCCAGGGAGAUAUGUAUACUGUAGCUAAGAAACUAAUACUAAGUGCAUGUUGUGUAGUAAGCUGUUAGUAGCCCAUGUGCCUCACCCUAAUAAUUUGGCACCUUUCUCCCUCAUAACUUAGCCUACUGUUCUGGUGGUGCACAUGUAGCCUAUAGCCUGUUUUAGAGAAAUGUCAUCAUCGAAUAUUGUAAGAGCUUUCAUUGUCUGCUUAUAUGUUCUGAAUUCUGUCACUGUACUGUACAUUUCAAAAGUGCUAAACAAAUAGUUAUAUUGACUAUGUCCAUCUAAGCUCACUCAUUAAUGUCUUAAUCGAAAUUAUGGAUUGCCUCUUAUCCUGGAAACCAUGUAUCCUGAGGCCGCAUUUAUUGUAGCUGGGGAUUUUAACACAGCAAAUUUGAGGGAAACGCUACCGAAGUUCUAUCAACACUGUAGAACUUGACUGUAGAACUCGCUCUGGAAAAACACUGGACCACUGCUACUCCCCCUUUCGGGAUGCCUACAAGGCCCUCCCCCGCCCUCCCUUCUGCAAAUCUGAUCAUGACUCCAUUUUGCUCCUCCCUUCCUAUAGGCAGAAACUCAAACAGGAAGUACCCAUGCUAACAUCUAUUCAAUGCUGGUCUGACCAAUCGGAAUCCAUGCUUCAAGAUUGUUUUGAUCACCCAGACUGGGAUAUGUUCCGGGUAGCCUCUGAGAAUAACACAGACGAAUACACGGAUACGGUGACUGAAUUCGUCAGGAAGUGUAUAGGAGAUGUUGUACCCACCGUGACUAUUAAAACCUACCCAAACCAGAAACCAUGUAUAGAUGGCAGGAUUCGCUCAAAACUGAAAGCUCGAACCACCAUAUUGAACCAUGGCAAGGUGACUGGGAAUAUGGCUGAAUACAAACAGUGUAGUUAUUCCCUACAUAAAGCAAUCAAACAGGCAAAACGUCAGUACAGAGACAAAGUGGAGUCGCAAUUCAACGGCUCAGACACGAGACGUAUGUGGCAGGGUCUACAGACAAUCUCGGACUACAAAUGGAAAACCAGCCACGUCACAGACACCGGCCAAGCUAAACACCUUCUUCGCACGCUUUGAGGAUAACACAGAGCCAACGACGUGCCCACUACCAAGGACUGUGGGCUCUCCUUCUUCGUGGCCGAUGUGAGUAAGACAUUUAAGCGUGUUAACCCUCGCAAGGCUGCCGGCCCAGACGGCCUCAGAGCAUGCACAGACCAGCUGGUUGGAGUGUAUACGGACAUAUUCAAUCUCUCCCUAACCUAGUCUGCUGUCCCCACUUGCUUCAAGAUGUCCACCAUUGUGAAGUGCUUUGAGAGGCUAGUUAAGAAUCACCUCUACCUUACCUGACACCAUAGACCCAAUUCAAUUUGCUUACCGCCCCAAUAGAUCCACAGACGAUGCAAUCGCCAUCUCACUGCACACUGCCCUAUCCCAUCUGGACAAGAGGAAUACUUAUGUAAGAAUGCCGUCCAUUGACUAUACCUCAGCAUUCAACACCAUAGUACCCUCCAAGCUCAUCAUUAAGCUCGGGCCCUGAAGGUAGGAAACAACACCUCCACUUCGCUGAUCCUCAACACAGGGGCCCAACAAGGGGGCGUGCUCAGCACCGUGUGGCCACGCAUGCCUCCAACUCAAUCAUCAAGUUUGAAGACGACGCAACAGUAGUAGGCCUGAUUACCAACAAUGACAAGACAGCCUACAUGGAGGAGGUGAGGGCCCUGGGAGAAUAACCUCUCACUAAACGUCAACCAAACAAACAGCAGAGGGAGCACGCCCCUAUCCACAUCGACAGGACUGCAGUGUACACAUCACUGACGAUCUGAAACUGUCCAUCCAGACAGACAGUGUGGUGAAGAAGGCGCAACAGCGCCUCUUCAACCUCAGGAGGCUGAAGAAAUUUGGCUUGGCACCUAAAACCCUCAAAACUUUUACGGAUGCACAAUUGAGAUCAUCCUGUCGGGCUGUAUCACUGCCUGGUACGGCAACUGAGGGUGGUGCGGUCUGCCUAACGCAUCACCGGGGGCAAACUACCUGCCCUCCAGGACACCUACAGCACCCGAUGUCACAGGAAGGCCAAAAAGAUCAUCAAGGACAUCAACCACCCAAGCCACGGCCUGUUCACCCCGCUAUCAAUCAUCCAGAAGGUGAGGUCAGUACAGGUGCAUCAAAGCUGGCACCGAGAAACUGAAAAACAGCAACUAUCUCAAGGCCUUUAGACUGUUAAAUAGCCAUCACUAGCCGGCUUCCACCCGGUUACGCAAACCUGCACCUUAGAGGCUGCUGCCUUACAGUGAGGGAAAAAAGUAUUUGAUCCCCUGCUGAUUUUGUACGUUUGCCCACUGACAAAGACAUGAUCAGUCUAUAAUUUUAAUGAUAGGUUUAUUUGAACAGUGAGAGACAGAAUAACAACAAAAAAAUCCAGAAAAACGCAUGUCAAAAAUGUUAUAAAUUGAUUUGCAUUUUAAUGAGGCAAAUAAGUAUUUGACCCCUCUGCAAAACAUGACUUAGUACUUGGUGGCAAAACCCUUGUUGGCAAUCACAGAGGUCAGACGUUUCUUGUAGUUGGCCACCAGGUUUGCACACAUCUCAGGAGGGAUUUUGUCCCACUCCUCUUUGCAGAUCUUCUCCAAGUCAUUAAGGUUUCGAGGCUGACGUUUGGCAACUCGAACCUUCAGCUCCCUCCACAGAUUUUCUAUGGGAUUAAGGUCUGGAGACUGGCUAGGCCACUCCAGGACCUUAAUGUGCUUCUUCUUGAGCCACUCCAUUGUUGCCUUGGCCGUGUGUUUUGGGUCAUUGUCAUGCUGGAAUACCCAUCCACGACCCAUUUUCAAUGCCCUGGCUGAGGGAAGGAGGUUCUCACCCAAGAUUUGACGGUACAUGGCCCCGUCCAUCGUCCCUUUGAUGAGGUGAAGUUGUCCUGUCCCCUUAGCAGAAAAAACACCCCCAAAGCAUAAUGUUUCCACCUUCAUGUUUGACGGUGGGGAUGGUGUUCUUGGGGUCAUAGGGAGCAUUCCUCCUUCUCCAAACACGGCGAGUUGAGUUGAUGCCAAAGAGCUCGAGUUUGGUCUCAUCUGACCACAACACUUUCACCCAGUUCUCCUCUGAAUCAUUCAGAUGUUCAUUGGCAAACUUCAGACGGGCCUGUAUAUGUGCUUUCUUGAGCAGGGGGACCUUGCGGGCGCUGCAGGAUUUCAGUCCUUCACGGCGUAGUGUGUUACCAAUUGUUUUCUUGGUGACUAUGGUCCCAGCUGCCUUGAGAUCAUUGACAAGAUCCUCCCAUGUAGUUCUGGGCUGAUUCUGGGCUGAUUCGAGGUGAGAUCUUGCAUGGAGCCCCAGGCCAAGGGAGAUUGACAGUUCUUUUGUGUUUCUUCCAUUUGCGAAUAAUCGCACCAAUUGUUGUCACCUUCUCACCAAGCUGCUUGGCGAUGGUCUUGUAGCCCCUUCCAGCCUUGUGUAGGUCUACAAUCUUGUCCCUGACAUCCUUGGAGAGCUCUUUGGUCUUGGCCAUGGUGGAGAGUUUGGAAUCUGAUUGAUUGAUUGCUUCUGUGGACAGGUGUCUUUUAUAUAGGUAACAAACUGAGAUUAGGAACACUCCCUUUAAGAGUGUGCUCCUAAUCUCAGCUCGAUACCUGUAUAAAAGACACCUGGGAGCCAGAAAUCUUUCUGAUUGAGAGGGGGUCAAAUACUUAUUUCCCUCAUUAAAAUGCAAAUCAAUUUAUAACAUUUUUGACAUGCGUUUUUCUGGAUUUGUUUGUUGUUAUUCUGUCUCUCACUGUUCAAAUAAACCUACCAUUAAAAUUAUAGACUGAUCAUGUCUUUGUCAGUGGGCAAACAUACAAAAUCAGCAGGGGAUCAAAUACUUUUUUCCCUCACUGUAUAUAAACAUGGAAGACUGGCCACUUUAAUAAUGGAACACUAGUCACUUUAAUAAUGUUUACAUACUGCUUUAGUCAUCUCAUAUGUAUAUACUGUAUUCUAUUCUGCUGAAUUUUAGUCAAUGCCACUCCGACAUUGCUCGUCCUAAUAUUUACACAUUUCUUAAUUCCAUUAUUUUACUUUUAGAUUUGUGUGUAUUGUUGUGAAUUGUUAGAUACUACUGCACUGUUGGAGCUAGGAACACAAGCAUUUCGCUACACCUGCAAUAACAUCAGCUAAAUAUGUCAAAUUUUAUUUUCUUUAUCCGCUCACCCUUAUGCCAUAGUUUGUAAAUCUACAUUUUCUGUAGAAACCACAUUUGUUUUAGCAAGUCAGCCAUAUCAGCUAUGUUUUUUAAAAAGGCAGUAAAUGAGGCUGAAUGAACUGUUUUGCUGCCAGACAAGGCUCCGUUGAUAUUCAGGUGUAGUGAUGGUAAGGAUUCACUCCAUUGUGCUGAAAAGAAAGCUCUGCUGUUGGGACAGCUUUAUGUAGGCCCUAACAGUUUGUGGGCACCGUUUGUCACCGUUAUAGUGUAAUUAAUGUACUGUUUAGUGUUGUGUUAUAUAGUGGCUUUGCUGGCAUGCAUCCCCAAAAAAGGUUGAGUUUGCUAAAAUCACCACUGGUUAAGGUAUUUUUACUUUUACUGAAGUAUGACAAUUGGGUACAUUUUCCACCACUGGAAACGGCUGUAUCCUCCUGUCCCAUAAUGCCUUAUGCGUUAGAUCUGUUCCCUCCUCUUUUCACUUCAACCCCAGUUGUAGCUAACCUGAUUCAGCUUAUCAAAAUGCUAGAUUAGAGUUGGAGCGAAAACCUACAGGACGGUAGCUCUCCAGGAACAGAGUUGGCGAGCCCUGCCUUAGAAAAACCCUGAACCAAGUACCUGUACAGUUUGGCAUCAUGCAUGAUGUGCAGUAACAUGGUCUGUUCAUUGCAGGGCAUUUGCUGGAGUGACAGGCUGUUUUACAUGGCUGUUUUAAAGUGCUGGUGCUACUGCCACUAGAGACUGUCUCAGGCCUGCUGAGGAGACUGUCUCAAGCCUGCUGAGGAGACUGUCUCAGGCCUGCUGAGGAGACUGUCUCAGGCCUGCUGAGGAGACUGUCUCAAGCCUGCUGUGGAGACUGUCUCAAGCCUGCUGAGGAGACUGUCUCAGGCCUGCUGAGGAGACUGUCUCAAGCCUGCUGAGGAGACUGUCUCAAGCCUGCUGAGGAAACUGUCUCAAGCCUGCUGAGGAGACUGUCUCAGGCCUGCUGAGGAGACUGUCUCAGGCCUGCUGAGGAGACUGUCUCAGGCCGUGGUGGACACCUUCCACAUCCGCUCUGGAGAGGAGGCCCAGGAGUUGCUCAAGGUCAUCACUGAACCACUCAGCAAACUCAUCAUACAGGUACUGCAGGGGUUAAUGUGUGGGCCAAACAGUCUGUACUGUAUGGCUAUGGUCAAACACUUUGCUCAUAUGUCCAGGAAACUGGAAAGACUUGAGUAAUGAGCUUGGCUGUGGAUCACUCCUGCUUCCUUUGAUCACUUUGCAUUGAUCAAUAUGAUGUUUUAUUCCUAUUCUUCCUUGCAGUUAGACAAAUCUGUCAUCACAGGCAUUGCCACGGGAGACGAGGGCAUGAGUCUGGUGAGGGUGUGGUUUAAGAGCCACAUCCUAAUGGUAAGACCCUAACGGUUACCCACUGGCCUCUCUUGAUGUGUAAUAUAUUUGGAGUCACCAGCUGGUUUCAAAGACGGAUGUUUUUCUCUUCCACCUGCAGUCCUCUGUGAAUGUUAGUCCCUCAACUGUACAUCAAUACUACUGUACAUCAAUACAAAGCAAUGCAGCAACCUGGACAACCCAGAUCGUAACUCUACUUGUAAAUAUACAAAAAUGGAGGUCAAUGUAAUUUCAUUCUUGGAAUUGAGCGAGCGACAAAGUACUGUCACAUGGAAAUAUGUGACAGUCAUACUGAUUCCACUACAGUCCUGGGGCUGGGGGCCCUAGUGACGGUCUUUACAGAUAAAAGUAGCAGAAUAGAAUGACUGACCCAGUUCUCUGCUCUGUUGAUGCCCCUAGGCAGGCAUCUGUUAGUGGAUUCGUCAUUGUCAGAGCUGGCGGUAAGCCUCAUUCUGCUGGCCUGCUCUCUGGUGCUCCUGUGUACCUGUCUGGUGCUGUUGGUCAAGCUACUCAACUCUCUGCUCCAUUGAAGUUAUAAAUUACACUUUGGAUGGUGUAUCAAUACACCCAGUCACUACAAAGAUACAGGCGUCCUUCCUAACUCAGUUUCCAGAGGAAGGAAACCACACAGGGAUUUCACCAUGAGGCCAAUGUUGACUUUAAAACAAUUACAGAGUUUAAUGGCUGUGACAGGAAAAAACUGAGGAUGGAUCAACAACAUUGUAGUUACUCCACAAUACUAACCUAAUUGACAGAAUGAAAAGAAGGAAACCUGUACAGAAACAUUAUUUCCAAAACAUGCAUCCUGUUUGCAACAAGGCACUAAAGUAAUACUGAAAAAAUGGUGGCAAAGCAAUUCAAUUUUGAAUUGAAUACAAAGUAUUAUGUUUGGGGCAAAUCCAAUAAAACACAUUACUGAGUACCAAUCUCCAUAUUUUCAAGCAUAGUGGUGGCUGCAUCAUGUUAUGGGUAUGCUUUAAGGACUGGGGAAUUUUCCAGGAUAAAAAAGAAAUGGAAUGGAGCUAAGAAGAGGCAAAAUCCUAGAGGAAAAUUAGACACUGGGAGACAAAUUCACCUUUCAGCAGAACAAUAACCCAAAACACAAGGCCAAAUCUACACUGAAGUUGCUUACCAAGAAGACAGUGAAUGUACCUGAGUGGCCGAGUUACAGUUUUGACUUAAAGCUACUCGAACAUCUAUUGCAAGACCUGAAAAUGGUUGACUAGCAAUGAUCAACAACCAAUUUGACAGAGCUUGAAGAAUUUUGAAAAGAAUAAUGGGCAUUCCAGGUCUAGAAAGCUCUUAAAUACUUACCCAGAAGGACUCACAGCUGUAAUCACUGGCAACGGUGCUUCUACAAAGUAUUGACUCAGGCGUGUGAAUACUUAUGUAAAUGAGACAUUUAUGUAUUUCAUUUUCAAUACAUUUUCAAAAAUUUCUAAAAACAUGUUUUCACUUUGUCAUUAUGGGGUAUUGUGUGUCAAUCAGUGGAGGCUCCUCAGAGGAGGAAGGGGAGGACCAUCCUCCUCAGUGAAUUUCAUAAAAAUAAAAAUAGUGAAACAUGUUACAUUGAGCUGGGUGAAUGGAAUAUGAAUGACAGUCAUCCAAUAUGCUGUAAUAGAAAUAAGGCCAUGCUCAUAAAAAAAAUAUAUCAUCCUCCCUCAUCUUAAAUGGCACAGACCACCACUGGUGUAGAUGGGUGAGAAAAAAAAUCUAUUUAAUCCAUUUUAAAUUCAGGCUGUAACACAACAAAAUGUGGAAUAAGUCAAGGGGUAUGAAUGCUUUCCGAAGGCACUGUAGCAUUGCCUUUUUUUGGAAUCACUGUGUUGUAUGAUUGCAUUGAAUAUCUAUUUGACUUGGUGCCGAUUUGAGGUGGCGUCGAUCGACUCUGCAAAGCUUUUACAUAAGCACUACAAUAUAGCUGACAUAAUCAUUUAGCAAGCAUAGCUACAUUUAGGUUGUAUGAGGAAAGCUCUUAAGUAUAAGCAAAGCUUAAAUACAUCUGUAAACACAGAGCUACAUUAUACAGUAUGUAAAAUAACAACAACAACCCCAGCAUCCCACAUAUUUCCCCUGAAAGCUCAUUACUGAAACUUCACAUACUGUAAGUAAUUUGAAUCCCCUUCUCUCCCCCCCUCCAGACUCCCCAUACUCGUUUGGCUGGCGGACAGGUUACCUGGCCAUACUGGUGGGAGCUUGGGAUCCGCUGUGCAUGCAUGGAAACAGAAUCUUUCUCAGACAGCAAAUCACUAAGAAUCUCAGAAUUGACUGUUGUUUCACAGCGGGAGCCAUUGCUAUUCCCUAUCUAGAACUAGAUAACUUACCAUCUGAUUUCUAUAGAAAACAAAGCUCCACUCUAUGGAGUUUCAGCCCCAUUACAUGGCUCUGUGAUGACAUGACAUUGUACUGUGAUUUCUUGUGAUCUCAGAUAUUGACACUGGGGUCAAACAUUGGGACAACCCCCACAACUAUCCUGGCAGCAUUGUCAAGCCCAGGGAACAUGCUGGCUGUGUUUACAGGGUCUUCUGUCCCAGUAUACUCUCGUCAUACCUCUCGAAUAACCCUGGUCUGUUCUACAGGUUGCCUUGUGUCAUUUAUUUUUUAACAUAUUGGGCAUUCUGCUGUGGUACCCUGUGUCCAUCAGCCGCCUGCCCAUCCAUAUGGCCAGGACUUUGGGGCAGUGCACGACCAAGUACCACUGGUUCGCUGUGCUCUACCUGCUUCUGUGCUUCCUGCUCCUGCCCUCACUCAUCUUUGCCCUCUCCAUGGCAGCCUGA